CAAAAUACCAACUCUGGUAAAUUACUGAAACUUGACAACGUUAAAACAAAAAACCAUCGAAAAUGACACAACGCAGCUGAUAGUGUUUUGUAUUGGCUGAUAAAUUGUAUUAUUUGAUAACAACAUCCGAUUAACCGCAUCUUAAAAUGUAAUUGUGAAUUAUUUUGGUUGUAACGUGACAUGAGCGCACUCAAGGUUGUUUCACCUCCCCACAAAUUAUGUCAUUUAGGCUGAUGUCUGCAAUUAAUUCGACUAUAGUAAACUCUCAGAGGAAGCCCGAGGACUCAGGCAAGCUUUUAGGCCAACUUUUAGAGUGCGUGCAGGAUUGCCAGAAAAGAUAUGGAGGUAAAACGGAGUUAGCAACAGAAUUUGAUAGUUGUGUGGCUGGCCUUUGUUUGUCUUUGGAAGCGGUUUUUUCGCAUGGUUUACGUACGAAACCCUUUGAAAAACAGAACUCUUCUGCUUUGAAACAAGUGUCUGAUAUCGUUACCAACAGUCUGCAUAUAGGGAACGAGGUGCCAUCUUUUUGGCCUUUUGUUAAAAGACAUCUAACCAAUCAUGAGCAGGAGCGUUAUUCAGUUUUGAAGCAAAUUUGGACUGAUAUAGGUCGCAGUAAGGCCUGGAUUAGGUCUGCUCUAAACGAGAGAUCGUUGGAAAGAUAUUGUACCAAAUUAUUGGGAGAUCAGGAAAUUUUAAAAAUCUACUAUGAAGACUGGGCUUUGUUGCGAGACCAAGAGAAAAGCAGCUUACUACCUAAUAUGGCAGCAGGCCUAUGCUCCAUACUGUUUGCUGUGAGUAUCGAUAAGCCAGAGCUUAAUAGCGGGAUCGCCCAUAGAAACGAUCAUCUCAGAUCUAAAGCAGAGCCCAUUAUAGAGGCACCAGUCUUAACAGACCGGCCGACGCAGCGCAAGAAAAACAAAAAAGUGGCUCGCCAGUUCAUUUCGUUCGACGACGACGACAGCGGCCGUCUGUCGACCAGUCUGCCCUCGAGUUCUUCGAGCAUGUCCUCGCUGGAGACGAGCUCGUGCGCGGAGGCGGCCAAACCGCCGGCGCUCGCCGAUCCGCAGCUGAACCAGAUCAGCGAGGAGGCGCGGGCGGACCCGAAGCCGCCCGAACCGCAACGACCGCACUCCGUGCAUCGGAAGCUGUCGUUCGAGAACAGCGGCUCGCGGGACAAGUUCUCCACCGAAGUUCCCGGAAGUUUGACUCCGGUGUCUCAGGUCGAAAUCGGCGAACUGACGCCAGUUUCGGUGGAAGUGAACAAAAACUUCGAAUCUCCCGACUCCUCGGACGACAUCCUCGAGGUGCCCACCGACAUCAGCGCCGUGCUGAUAGCGGUAGAAAACAAAAACCAAGAGGAGCUCGCGAAAAGGCAGGAAAAAAUCGACCUCCUCGCGAAAGAAAACGACGGCCUCAAGGAGCAGAUAAAGAAGUACGUGGGCGCCAUCCAGAUGCUCAGAAGGGACGACGACGGCAUGCAGAAGGCCUUGGACGGCUUGCAAAUCGAACCCCAGCCCGACUACAAGGGCGAGGCGAAGUGCUUCGAGAGAAAGUUGGUGCAAGUCGCCGAGAUGCACGCCGAGCUGAUGGAUUUUAAUGUCAUGCUGCAGCAGAGUUUGUGCAAAAAAGAUGCGCUUCUGGAGCGGUUGAAAAACGAGCUGGCGGUUUUAAGAGGGCCGAUGUCUACAGACGAGUCAAAUGAGGAGGAGAUGAGGAGCAGCGUCAAUAUUUGGGUACCUUCCGCAUUUUUAACAGGAUCUGGAUCAAGUUCCCACCAUGUUUACCAAAUAUUCCUUAGAGCUGGAAACGAUGAAUGGAACAUUUAUAGGCGAUACGCGCAAUUUUACGCUCUUCAUACAGAUUUGAAAAAAUUGGACCCUGUAGUGGCCACAUUUGAUUUUCCACCGAAGAAAAGCAUAGGAAAAAAAGAUUCCGCUUUGGUAGAAGACAGGCGCAAACGCCUUCAAAUAUAUUUGAGAAGAGUUUUAGGACAUUGGCCCGAAUUGUCUCACUGCAAUAGUAGAUUUUUGCUGGAGCAACAUUUGGCUUUCUUUAAGGAUGUGAAGGAAGAUCCAAAAAAGAAAAGUGUUUUUUCGUCGAGAAGAAGCGGCCCAAAUGAUAAUCAUUAUACAGGGCUUUAAUAAUUGUAUGGUUUAGUUGAAUUUUAAUUUUAAACUACAUUAACAAACAUAUAAGUAUUCUGGUUACUAGAUGCAACAUUAUCGCUGGAACGAAUAUGUUACUACUUACUCAUCCUAAGUAUAUUUUUAUGUAAAUACUCAACUAUUUUUUAUGAAAUGUAUUGUUUUAAUUUUAAUAUAACAGUUUAUAGAUUUUAAAAAAA